GACAAAGUGUCCUAAUAACUAAACCCUAACCACUUCUCCUUUCCAUUUUUUUGCUCUAUCACACCUCUAUUGUCCGGCUAUGGCGUCUCAAAGUCGAAGAGGCGGUGUUUCUCUACCUGACAGACCAAACAAUCCCCAAGACUCCAUCAUCACCAAGAUCUCACGCUCCCCCAUCGUCUCCUGGAGCAAACAAGCCUACACCGACACCUCCUUCGUAUUUAAGAAACUCCUCAAAAGCACCGGCAAUGCUGCUUGGAUCACCGGAACCACCUUCCUUGUCCUCGUCGUUCCUCUUAUCAUCGAGAUGGACCGCGAGCAGCAGCUCAACGAUCUUGAACUCCAGCAGGCUAGUAUCCUCGGGACUCCUCCUAAGUGAUUGACAUCGCGCGGCUUGAAAGUUAGAUUUUGGUAUGCGGAGAUCUCAUUGUUCCUUGAUUGAGAAUGUUGAUCUGUUUUUAGGGUUUCUAAUAGCAAUAAUUACAUGAUCUGUAUCUUAGUAAAGUGUUGAAUGCUUGAUUACUUGAUUUGAUUCACCUGAUGCUACUUGGUAAUUGCCAGAAUAAGAAUUUUAUUUCAGUCUGUGUUAUAAA